UGUGUCGCAGAGCACCAAAAAAAAAGGACACCGAAAAUACGACCUCCAACCAUCUAUUUAGGAAAAGACAUCUUCUAUCAGUGCAUCCAGCAGUUCACCUAAAAGACUUUAACAAUCUGAACCCCCGGCAGCCAGAGCACCGCCGUCCUCGUUGCUGCGUAAACGCCAGGACUGUUUUUUUUUUUCUUUUUUUACGCACAGACGCAGACGGCGCCGUCCUGUUCCACAACGGCCUCCAUUUUAGCUUCUUGCCCGGUCGGUGCCUCACGUGUCCUGGACUGUCUUUCUCACAUGACCCGUGUGUUUGUCCCCGUGAUCAGCGCUUCCAUCUCCGUAAAUCAGUGUCGUUGAAUAUCGGCGUUUUACACCCGCAAAAAGCUUCAUGGAUAUGCUGGAGCAGAGUCUGGACAGCUCGGCGAGUCACGACAAACAGGAAACAGAGGAGGUGGUGCAGUUACAGGAAGGAGAAACGGUGGGGACGGAGGAGCAGACCGCAGUGACCAUCACAGGUGUCCCACAGGCUGCGUUCACUGACCACAAUGUCCAGUACCAGUUCCGUACAGAGAACAGUGGAGGACAGGUGACCUAUCGUGUGGUUCAGGUGACAGACGAUCAAAUAGAAGCAACAGCUGACGGGACUGGAGCAGUCAGUGUCGUCUCGGCUGCAGCGUUUGCUGGAGCCCCUCAGGCGGUGGCACAGGCUGUUAUCCAGAACCCUUUCAGUAACGGGGGCAGUCCUGUCGCUGAGACCGUGGGAGGAGAGACGCGUUUUGCUUAUUUUCCUGCCGCUACCGUCAGUGAUGGAACAGCCACGGCCGUGUCGGUGCAGGCCACCACCGACCAAGCAAUCACACAGGCAGGAGGUCAGUUUUACGUGAUGAUGAGCCCCCAGGAGGUGCUGCAGACGGCGACCCCCCGUACCAUCGCACCACGCACACACACCUACACAGCAGACCUCGGUGAAAGCGAGAUGUUGCAGCAUGGCGGUACAAACUGGAAGGUGGACGGUCCACGAGCACCCAGGGAUGAGAGGCGAAGAGCACAGCACAAUGAAGUGGAAAGAAGAAGAAGAGACAAGAUCAACAACUGGAUUGUCACGCUUUCAAAAAUCAUCCCUGACUGCAGCAUAGAUAGUAGAACUGGAGCGAGUAAAGGAGGCAUCCUGUCCAAAGCCUGUGACUACAUCAGAGAGCUGCGUCAGAACAACCAGCGACUGCAAGAGAGUUACAAAGAGGUGGAGCGAGUCGAAAUGGACAACGAACUGCUCAGACAACAGAUUGAGGAGCUAAAGAACGACAAUGCACUGCUUCGAGCACAGCUACAGCAACACGGCGUAGAAGUCAAUGGAGAUGCGACACCACAGUGAUUGUGAACUGGACAUAUGUAAUGUCAGAAACGCAUCCUCCCACUCACCUGAACAAUACCAGGAAAAAGGAAAAACAAUGAAAAAUGACUUCCAUCUGAAAUUGGACCACAUAAAAAAACACACACGAGCUUGAAAGGAACACUGAAGGACUGCAAACUGACAACGCCUCCACCACCUCCAGCUUUUCGAAGGCUGAACGCUCUGAAAUCCGUUAACUGUGUAGCUAACUGAACCUCUCACCUCUCCUUAAAGGAAAACACCACCAUCACCACCACUCUUGCACCAAACUUUCUUUUUACUUUAAAUUAUGAACCUGCCACAGAAUAUUUACUUUUAAUGAUUUCACCUUUUUAUCUUACUGCAAACUCUUUUGUUUUUGUUGAUAUGCUGUGUUUGGAACUACUAAAUGUGACAUGAAUGAUAGCUCCCUUUUUUUUUUCUUUGUCCUUUUUAAUUUAUUAGUCUUUAAGGAAUGUGUAUACAGAAAGGAAAAAACAACAGCUGAUAUUCACGUUUACUCUCCCUCCCCAGCAACAAACAAAAUAAUGGGAAAAUGGGUAUUUUCAUAUUCAUCACUGUUACUAAGACUAGUUUCACUGUCAGUGGAUCACGUGUAUAUAAUGUAUAGUUGAUCUGUAUGCAGUUUUAGGUAACUUUUUCAAUUUCUGCCUCUUAACACUGACACUCCAAGCACCAGGCAGAGCUCACAAACCUGAUAAAUGUAGUGAAAUGUCAAUAAAUUAAAAGAACUAUGAUACUUUUAAGGCAGUCAACGUGUAAGAAGCUUUGACAGCACAGGCAAAGGGGAUUUAUUUUUAGUGGAAGGCCUUAAUAGAAGCCUGUUGGAGAAUAUAGGUGUUACCAUAGCUCAGGUAAUCGGGAUAGUGCACUGGCAAGUGGUUCCCAGACUCAAUGAAGUCUUUAUGUGUAGAAUUUAGAUCUCUUUUAUGUCCCCAUUAGGUGCAAUGUACAGAUAAAUGAGAAUUAUUGAGAUGAUUUUUGACAUGUAAAUCAUUUUUAUUGGGCAUUAAAUCAGAGUUUGUUUGUAUAUCUGCUUAAUAGGUCACUGGUGUACUGCACUGAAAUAGUGGUGUAGUCAUGUAAGGUCUUUGUUUGAGACCGGCCUCUCUUUGGCCCACCAGUCCUGCUGCAUUUUAGUGGAGACCUGAAGUGGCUUUUUCCCCCCCAGUUCUUAAAACAUUUUGGGAACCAUUGCUGCUGACACAAAACAAUAAAACAGCCAUGGUCAUGAAUGUGCUGAGGGUUGUUUGGAUGCAAGUGAUGAUAGUUGUAACUAACCAGCUUUUGUCUACACUGAGAGUCACCACAGCAUGGAAUUAUAACCACUGGCAUGACUAAUUCUGAUACUACAAUAAAACAGAAGUGUUUAU